AUGACUCCACCCCUCGACGGCGAGCCUAUUAGUACCACCCGACCGCUUACCGAGGAGCCAGAAGCUCUCAGUGAAGAAUUAUCCCAUCUCGGUGAACCCAGUGAAUACUGUUAUGCGGCAGAUCCGAUUGCUCCAGAUACAGUGCACUACGACAUCUACGAGCGGCACCACAAAAUCUCUUCUGUAUUUGAGAACUGGAACUUGCAGCCAUUCUCUCUCCUAUACCCAGACUCUCCUCGCGAUCCCGCCGGCUGGCAUCAAUAUGUCACCCCGGAAGGCAGACCAUACUUCUGCAACACGGAACUGAAUCUCUACACAAAUCUCCACUUGACGCGCAAGACAAUCGCAUCCGACCUUAUUGAUUCUAUAGAACGCACAGCGCGCUCCCUGCGCACGCGAUAUUCAACGCAACGGCCUCUGUCCGAAGAUGGUCCGGAGCUCGUCAUCGCGCUGUUGCAGGACAAUAAAUGGGGGUACUACUUUGCAGAUAAUACUUGCAAGACGGUGCGCUGGGUCGAUCCGAUUCCUCUUUUGAAAGUCGUUGGGUCUUGCACUCGUUCUGUACCUACAGACAGCCAUCUUAAUCUUAUGAAAGAGUCGCAAUACUGGCAUCACGUGGAAAUGUUCCCCGCGGCACGCGAGUUGAAGCAGGAAACUAUUACCGAACUUUCCGGCCUCCUAGCAUGCGCGUACACUGAUACGAUAACGUCAACAACCGCGACCUCUCCGUAUCCAGCCGACAAGCUAGAGCUAAUAUUUAAAGUGCUGGAGUCCGUCGAAGUGGGAGAUAUCACCGGCCGGAGCGCGUGGAUCGUCGCCCGGUUCAUGAAUGUAUUCAAACGCGAAAUGUUUCUUCAUUACUACGGCCAAGACGGUGCUCGUCUCGACCGCGACCAGUCGGUGCAUUUCGUUAAGAAGGAAAUCCCGCGCCCGAGAUACAUUUUCUUACUCUUCUCGUACUUUCUGUUCUACAUGCCCUACGUCCACAAGAAGAAGCUGGACGAGGUGUUCGUGGACUCGUUGUUGAACGAAGAGCACUGGAACCGGCUCUUGGAGAAUCUGCGGAAAGAGUGGGAGAUGACAGUAACUCCGUCCACUGUGCUUCUUUCUGCGAAUGUCGCCUUCCUCGCCAUUGGGAGCGUCGACAAUUCUGGGGGGUCCGGGCAGUCUUCGGGGCCACCUUCUUACAGGAGUCCCGAGCAAAUCAUGAGCUAUGUUUCCACGGUAUUCAGUCUGGCGUCCUGGCUCGUAUGCUGGAUUCUCGUGCAGAGGCAUGCACCAGCCAUUGGCUCCUCUACUUCGGCAGGGAUCAACUACCUAAAACAGCGAGAAAAAUGUAUGCUAGGUCUCGAAGCCGAUGCCAUUGUGUUCAGUCUCCCGUCUGCUUUCUUCACAUGGAGCAUGCUCCUCUUUUGCGCAGCCGUCGUCUGGAUUUGCCUCGUGCACAGUGAUUUCGCCACGCAGUUCACAAUGAUCUUCGUCCUCGGACUGAUGGCCGCCACACUAUGCAUCGUCCUGCAAGUGUCUUGGACUUCUAUUGCGCCGCUCGAGGAUAACCUCUGGACUCGCCACAAGGAGGCCGCCACAAAGGUGCGCCAGGCGUCCAAGGAAUUUGUUCAGAGGCGCGGCUCGUGGAGCUUCAAGUUGGGCACUAUGCCGGCGCCUCAAGUGGCGGAUCGUAGUAGAGUUUGAGGACUAUACGGUUCGUC